AAGACACACUAGCAAGCUCAGCUUUUUGCCCAAGUCGCAAAGAACGCGCGCGGCUCGCUCUGACAAGCAGCGCUGGUAAAUCGCACUUCUACAGCGCAGACUCAAACUCACAAUGGUUGCGACCCGCUCCACGAGGCGCCGCGGCACCCCACUUCUCGUGCUCUGGAGACGCGACGAUGCGCGCGCGGCCGUUGUGGAUUUCUUGCCCACAGAGACCAUAGCGGAGCUCGCAGUGGUUGCGAAACCGCUGCGCGAGGCGCAGUCGUGCCUGCUCACCACAGCAAUAAAACGGCGCGGCAAGACCGUCCCGAACCCCCCGACGACGCGAGCGUGCCUCGACGCCCUGCUUGUUGGCGAGACGCACUACUUCUGCGAGAAGUGGGAGCGGGGAUUUGGGGAGUGGCUUUGGGUUGGUAAUGGAACUGCUGGCAAUGCUGAAGUGAAGCCCUUCCACGGCGUUGGAUCGUGCCUCGAGCUCACAGAGCCCAGGGGACACCGGGGAUUUGCUCGUCUUCUGCGAGGCCCAAAUCUGCUCGUGACGCGAUACCGAGUGGCAAUGAGCUACGUGGAGUGUAGUGUAGAGCAUACACCGGGUGGCGUAUCGGUGGGCUAUGCACUACUCUGCGGGCCCAGCGCACCUACGCGUCCAAAUCACAGAUCACACGUGGUGAAUGACUUCAUUGGUGGCCCGAGAUUUCGCCUAAACGAACACGGAAUUAUCUCCCUCAUUUGGUUUUAUCGUAUUGCUGAGGAAAGUAGGGCAACUCAAACGCUCGUCGAGGACGUGGCGCCCAACACCCCGUAUAUCGUCGAUGCGACGUUCAAUCAUGAGUCGGUGAAUUCUUGCUCGGGCACAGUUGACAUUUCCGUAGAUGGUGAGACGGCCGCCCGGGGGCUGCCGGUCGCAUACAACCCGCUCUCGUCGAUCCAUUUGUACAACUAUAGUCCGGGUAUAGCAAGGAUUGGAGACAUCGAGAUCUGGUCUGAGAAAGCCGCGCCGAAUCAGGUCUGGAAAUCCGAUGUUGAUCUUGGAGAUUACUGAGAGGCGUCCGCGCGUGUAAGUUCAUUAAUG